AUGACCUCAACUAAUAACAUCUCUGCAUCUCACACUGUACAUUGCACGGCACAUUAUAAUAACAUCCCUGCUUCUCGCACUGUACAUUGCACGGCACAUUAUAAUAACAUCCCCGCUUCUCGCACUGUACAUUGCACGGCACAUUAUAAUAACAUCCCUGCUUCUCUCACUGUACAUUGCACGGCACAAUAUAAUAACAUCCCCGCUUCUCGCACUGUACAUUACACGGCACAUUAUAAUAACAUCCCUGCUUCUCUCACUGUACAUUGCACGGCACAAUAUAAUAACAUCCCCGCUUCUCGCACUGUACAUUACACGGCACAUUAUAAUAACAUCCCUGCUUCUCUCACUGUACAUUGCACGGCACAGUAUAAUAACAUCCCCGCUUCUCGCACUGUACAUUGCACGGCACAUUAUAAUAACAUCCCUGCUUCUCGCACUGUACAUUGCACGGCACAUUAUAAUAACAUCCCCGCUUCUCGCACUGUACAUUACACGGCACAUUAUAAUAACAUCCCUGCUUCUCUCACUGUACAUUGCACGGCACAGUAUAAUAACAUCCCGCUUCUCUCACUGUACAUUGCACGACACAUUAUAAUAAAAUCCCUGCUUCUCGCACUGUACAUUGCACGGCACAUUAUAAUAACAUCCCGCUUCUCGCACUGUACAUUGCAUGGCACAUUAUAA